AUGUCUGCCUCAACUGCUGGUCGACGUCAAGCGCGUGGUGGUGUUCGCUCUGGAACACAUGAGAGGGGUGAAGAAAUAGCCUUAUGGACCGAGAUCACUCAAGCUCUAGCCAAAAUCAAAGCAGAAGAGAAAAUCUUUGAAGCAAAUAUCCCGGAAGCCAUCAUCUCUAAAGAAACCGCUAUAGCUGAGCAGAUAAAGAAUGGUUUACCACCUGCCAUGGCCGCAAUAGAAGAGCUCGACAUACAAAUUCGAGAAGGCGUGAAAGUCUCCGAGUCUACAGCAGUAGCCCUACGACAAACCAUUGAAAAACUGUCGAUACUUUUAGCCUUGAUCAAAGGCAACGAAGCAGAGCGAGGUUCCAAUUCCCGCGAAUCUCAUGGAAGAUCAAGUGUUACCGACGAUGUAGGAUCUACCGACUCUCCUGUUCCUUCUCCGGCAGAAAACAAACAUGUUCGAAAGAUGGGAAAUGGUAGAACCAGCAGUUUACCCCCGAAGGGAAAAGAUAUCUCUAGGAAGUCUGAGAACGAAGAGCCCAGUACUAGUACUAAUACUGGUGGUACUGGUGGUACCAAUAAUAAUAAUACAUCUACAACUUCUGGUACUAGUGGCACAAAGAAAAUCGAAUUCUCCAAGGGACAAGAGGUGGCAUUCAAGCCGAGACCCGGUUCUCCCUUUACAGAGAUGGAUUGGAUUCAAGGAAAGGUUGCAAAAGUUAUUGGUGACGGCAAGAGUCGCAGAUACAGGGUUGAAGAUGUGGCUCCUGAUGAAGGGAAUAAAUCCUCAAUUCUUACCUCCGCGUCUUCUAUGUGCCCAAUUCCACCAGAUGACGCCAUUCUUGGACCCUACGAAGUUGGAAAGCGUGUCCUCGCUCUUUAUCCCGAGACAACCACAUUUUACCGAGCGGAAGUCAAAGCAAUGCUUGAUGAUGGCAAUAGAGUUAGGUUGAUAUUUGACGGAGAUGAGGAUUCUACAAAGGAAGUCGAACGGCGAUUUGUUCUGGAUCAUUCAGGUUAG